AUGGAUGUUGGCGGUGUGGCAAUGGGAGGAGCUGCGACGGGUGACUUUGCGACAGGAGGUGUUGCGACUGGAGGUUUUGCAACGGGUGGCGUUGCGAUUGGCGGCAUUGUAACUGGUGGCUUUGCAACGGGCGGUGUUGCGACUGGCGGCUUUGCCAUGGGUGGAGUUGCCAUAGGAGGCUUUGCGACAGGAGGUGUUGCGACGGGAGAUAUUUCAGUGGGACACUUAAAGCCAGGUGGUGGUUUUUUUCCACAACCAAGGAGAACCUCAAGAGCUAUGGGGAAAACGAGGUCGAUGUUGAGAAGUUUAGCUUUAAUAGUGGUACAUAGACAAACAGCCGCGUCUAGAACGUCAACGCACGAGCCAAGUUUCAACGUGUCAAUUGGGCAAGUCUUCGGCUUAGGCAUAGAUGUGGGCGGCGUUGCGACAGGUGGCAUUGCAAUAGGUGGAGUUGCAAGAGGUGGUUUUGCGACAGGAGGACUUGCGGCUGGCGGCUUUGCGAUAGGUGGAUUUGCUAUCGGUGGUGUUGAGAUAGGGGGAGUUGCAACAGGAGGAGUGGCGACAGGUGGCGUUGCGACUGGCGGCUUCGCGAUAGGUGGAGUUGCAACAGGUGGUUUUGCGAUAGGCGGUGUUGCAAUUGGUGGUUUUGCGACAGGCGGAGAAGCAACAGGCGGUGUAGCGACGGGUGGUUUUGCAACUGGAGGAGUUGCGAUUGGCGGUGUUGCAACUGGAGGAGUUGUGAUUGGCGGUGUCGCUACAGGUGGGAUUGAAGUAGGAGGAGUUGCGGUAGGUGGCUUUGCAAUAGGUGGUGUUGCGAUGGGUGGCUUUGCGAUAGGAGGAGUUGCAACCGGUGGGGUUGCUAUGGGUGGCUUUGCAAUAGGUGGUGUUGCGAUGGGUGGCUUUGCGAUAGGAGGAGUUGCAACCGGUGGGGUUGCUAUGGGUGGCUUUGCAAUAGGCGGGGUUGCAACGGGCGGCGUUGCAACAGGCGGCUUAGCGAUAGGUGGAGUUGCUACUGGUGGCAUUAUGGUGGGCGGUGUUGCAACUGGUGGUGUUGCAACCGGUGGCUUUGAAACAGGCGGAGUUGCAAUAGGUGGUGUUGCAACAGGUGGCUUUGCAAUAGGCGGGGUUGCAACGGGCGGCGUUGCAACAGGCGGCUUAGCGAUAGGUGGAGUUGCUACUGGUGGCAUUGUGGUGGGUGGUGUUGCAACUGGUGGUGUUGCAACCGGUGGCUUUGAAACAGGCGGAGUUGCAAUAGGUGGUGUUGCAACAGGUGGCUUUGCAAUAGGCGGGGUUGCAACGGGCGGCGUUACAACAGGCGGCUUAGCGAUAGGUGGAGUUGCUACUGGUGGCAUUGCGGUGGGAGGUGUUGCAACCGGUGGUGUUGCAACAGGUGGCUUUGAAACAGGCGGAGUUGCAAUAGGUGGUAUUGCAAUAGGCGGUGUUGCAAUAGGAGGAGUUGCAAUAGGUGGUGUUACAACUGGUGGCUUCGCUAUUGGUGGCGUUGCAAUUGGUGGGGUUGCUACGGGCGGCUUAGCGAUAGGUGGAGUUGCUACUGGUGGUGUUGCGGUAGGCGGUGUUGCAACUGGUGGUUUUGCAAUAGGUGGAGUUGCAACAGGCGGUGUAGUGACAGGUGGCUUUGUGAUAGGAGGAGUUGCAAUAGGAGGAGUUGCUACAGGUGGAGUUGCAACUGGCGGUUUUGUAGUGGGAGGAGUUGCGACAGGCGGCUUUGCGAUUGGCGGAGUUGCUGUGGGAGGUACCGCAAUGGGUGGUGUUAUUUUGUUUGAGAAAACGUUGCAAUCAGUUGGUCCAAUUACUCUAGAAGAAGUUAAAGGCUUAACUUCUAAGCGUAAAAUUAUCGAAGAAUCAGUAAACAAAACCAGCAAAGUCACUGAUGCAACUACAAUAGGACUAACUUCUGCUUGUGAACAGCUAAAUAGAGGAGACUCAAACAAGAGCAAAGGGGAGGAGUUAGUUCCGGAAGCUUCCUUGGAGGCAGACAAAGUUUUAAUGAAGGAAGAAGCUCAUGAGAGAGAUGAUGGAAAACUCCAGAUGCUUCUCGGUAAACUGUUACCGAUUUCUUAG